AUGUAUGCAUAUGAAUUUGAUUGGUGUUUUUAUCCGUGUUAUUAUAAUGAUGGCAAUCUUGCUUUGUAUGAUACAAUAGUUAAUUCAAUAUUACCAACACCAAUUAUUACUAUAUUUAGUAUUGCAUUAAUUAUUCGUGUCAUUAAACAAAAACAAACUGUUCAUAGAAAUUUUGACUGGCGUAGACAUCGGAAAAUGGUUAUACAACUUUUAUCAAUAACAGCAUUAUUUCUUUUUUUUAAUUUUCCUAUGACAACUCUUGUUUUAGCUAAUGCAUGUGGUUUACCAAAUGGUGCAACUGGACAAUUUGAAUUUUAUACUUAUUAUUUAUAUCAUUUUGUUUCACUUUUAAUACCAUUUGUUUGUCUUGGUGCAUUAUCCGAAGUUAGAAAGAAAAUCAAACAAAUGAUUAUAUUUCAAACAAUGAUCAAUGUAAUUACACCAGGAAAUGUUUUGUUUCGCUAA